AUGCCUAUAAAUGUUAUUAUCCCAACAGAGCCAAAAAAUCCAUCGUCGAUUUUUAAAUAUGAGAGAAAGGAUACACCCCCAGCGGACCUUGAAAGUUUACUUGUUUUAUGUUUUUUAGGGAUUUUAAUUGGAGUAUAUUUUAAGGUGAUUGAAAUAAUCUUUAUGGCAGUAUUUUUCCUAAUUUCAAUAUAUCUAACUUCAAAUAGCGGGGAAAUAAACAUUGCGUCAAUGCUUCCGAUGAUUACGAUGAUUAUUAUGACAUCAACAAUGUCAAUGUUACAACAGAAAGGCCCUAAUAAAGCAUAA